UUAUUUUAGGAACCUGAUUUCCCAUUUCACGAAUCAGCGAUUCCCGAUUCAGAUUGCUUGGAAGAUCGGCCGGUCGAUCGUCGAUUUAGGGUAAAUUGGAAUUUGGAUCUGCCGAUAAGCAUUGCCGGAAUCGAGGGAGUUCAUAUAUUUCUGGGUUUCCAUCGGUUAAGCGGUUGAAGUUCAUAGACCGUGAAAAUGGACGGUAACAACUCGCAAUCCAGGCCACCCAGCGAAAACCCUGAAUUGAAUCACGAGGAAAACCCGAUUUCCAAGGAUGAUAGCUCACUCGAAACGAUAGUCAGCAGAUUUCAAGAUGCGUUUACAGCGGGGAAACACAAGUUUUGGGAGACUCAGCCUGUUAGGCAGUUUAAGGAAAUCGCCGACACUAACUUGCCCGAAGGCACUAUCGAGGCCCCGACCCCUCUGGCCGAGGUCAAGCAGGAGCCGUAUAACUUGCCGGCUCAAUAUGAAUGGACCACCUGUGAUAUGGAUGAUGAGGGGACUUGCAAUGAGGUUUACAAUCUGCUGAAGAACAACUAUGUUGAGGAUGAUGAGAACAUGUUCAGGUUUAACUAUUCCAAGGAAUUCCUCAGGUGGGCGCUUAGACCACCGGGCUAUUACAGGAGCUGGCAUAUUGGUGUCCGUGUCAAAGACUCGAAAAAGCUCGUGGCUUUCAUCACUGGAGUACCCGCUAGAAUCCGGGUUCGGGACGAAGUCGUGAAGAUGGCCGAGAUCAAUUUCUUGUGUGUUCACAAAAAGCUCAGAUCGAAACGGCUCGCACCCGUUAUGAUCAAGGAGGUUACCAGGAGGGUUCACUUGGAGAACAUUUGGCAAGCUGCCUAUACCGCGGGAGUCAUCCUCCCUACUCCGAUCACGACUUGUCAAUACUGGCAUCGGUCUUUGAACCCUAAAAAGCUCAUCGAUGUUGGGUUUUCAAGGCUCGGGCCGAGGAUGACGAUGAGCAGAACCAUUAAGCUGUACAAGCUUCCUAGUUCGCCGGCCACUCCCGGAUUCAGAAAAAUGGAGCUACGGGACGUAUCUGCUGUGACCCGGUUGCUCAGAAAUUACCUCAGCCGGUUUGUGGUUGCGCCCGAUCUGGAUGAGAAUGAUGUGGAACAUUGGCUAUUGCCGCAAGAAGAUGUGGUAGACAGCUAUCUGGUCGAGAGCCCAGAAACUCACGAGGUCACCGAUUUCUGCAGUUUCUACACUCUGCCUUCGUCUAUCCUCGGAAACCCUAAUUACUCGACGCUUAAAGCUGCAUAUUCGUACUACAACGUCGCCACCAGAACCCCGUUGCUUCAGCUGAUGAAUGAUGCCCUAAUCGUCGCGAAGAAGAAAGAGUUUGACGUCUUCAAUGCUCUGGACGUAAUGCAGAAUGAAUCGUUCCUGAAAGAACUGAAAUUUGGACCUGGAGAUGGGCAGCUCCAUUACUAUCUCUACAAUUAUCGGGUCAGGAAUGGCAUCAAGCCGUCAGAGCUAGGGCUCGUGCUCUUGUAGUUUUGGCUUGCUUUCUCUGAGGCAAGCAAAACGUUCCUUAUCGUUUGUGCUUUUGGUUCGGACAGUGUUUCAAUGGGACCAAAGUUGUCUGUUUCACUUGUUCUCUGCUUUGAUCUCUAUCCUGAGUUUCGUGAUAUGAUAACUUAUAUAUUUACGUCCAAGGGUCAUUUGUU